AUGGAUGCCACGUUGGAUGUUGGGCGACGGCUCGUUCAAAUGCUCUGGGAUCCCGAGCCGACUAACGACAUCGUUCGCGACCAGCCCGUGUGGUGCCUAGGCUCGUCCUACAAGCUCAACACCUCGCCUAGUCUGAAACCCGCUGCUACAUCAGCAGCAUCGACCGCAUCCCCGGCUGCCGAAACCACAUCCAAGUCCCCCGUUCAAGCGCCGACCAAGCUCCCCGAAACGCCUCCCGACUCGGCAGCUAGCAGUUUAGACUCGUCGCUCGCGUACGAGGAGGCCCCUCGCGAUGGAGGCUGGCCCCCGGCCUUCCUUGAUGACUUCGAGUCGCGCAUAUGGAUGACGUACCGAUCCGAAUUCCAACCCAUCGCCAAGUCGACCGACCCCAAGGCUCUUUCUGCCCUGUCUUUCUCGAUGCGUCUGAAGCAACAGCUCUCGGACGCUAGUGGCUUUGCCUCAGAUAGCGGAUGGGGCUGCAUGAUCAGAUCUGGCCAGAGCCUGUUGGCCAAUGCUAUGGCCAUGCAGCUUCUGGGACGAGACUGGCGCAGAAAGACGCGCGAAGACGACGAGAAGCAGCUCUUGUCUAUGUUCGCCGAUGACCCGAGAGCUCCCUAUUCCAUUCAUAAUUUCGUGCGACAUGGCGCGAUAGCCUGUGGAAAGUACCCUGGCGAAUGGUUCGGACCGUCGGCCACAGCCAGGUGCAUCCAAGCCUUGACCAAUGCGAACGAAUCGACCCUCCGAGUCUACUCGACUGGCGACGGCCCCGACGUUUACGAAGACAAGUUCAUGAACAUCGCCAAACCAGACGGGGCGGCAUUCCACCCUACCGUCAUCUUGGUGGGCACGAGAUUAGGUAUUGACAAGAUCACACCAGUAUACUGGGAAGCUCUCGUAGCAUCGCUGCAGAUGAAGCAAUCAAUUGGCAUUGCAGGAGGCCGACCAUCAUCAUCACAUUACUUCAUUGGGGUUCAGGGUCUCAAUUUCUUCUACCUAGAUCCUCAUAAUACGCGUCCAGCACUGCCCUACCACGAGGAUCCCGGAAACUACACACCCGAGGAAAUCGAUACUUGCCACACGCGGAAGCUGCGUCGACUGCACAUUAAGGAGAUGGAUCCUAGCAUGUUGAUAGGCUUUCUUAUUCGUGAUGAGGAGGACUGGAAGGACUGGAGACGAAGCGUCAAACAUGUCCAGGGUAAGACCAUCAUCCAUGUUUCUGAUCACGACCCCGUCGCGCAAAUGGGUGCGCAAGAUAGUGCCAUCGCCCAGGUCGAAGCUAUGAGCGACGACGACGAUGAUGCCGUCCAGUACGUUUAG